GCUCUCACACAUUCACACUCGUUGCGGUAGAGCAGUGUAGCUAGGAGGAAGUUUGUGUGUCCUUAUUUGUGUGUGUGUGUACGUGUGUGUGUGUGUGUGUGUGUGUGUGUGUGUGUAUGUGUGAUUCAUUUCCUGAAUCCCGCUCCUCGGAUCCACGGCGACAUGGGAGACACGAAGUCACACUGAAGGAGUAAAAGCUGCGGAAUGAAGCGCCCAGCUCAGAUCCACCCCGCCAUGUUCUGACGACACCCACCAAUGGGCUGAAGGCGUGGGUGGAGCCAGGAUGAGUGUCGAGAUGCUACUGGAGGAGACGCUGAUCAAGCGUUCGCAGCAGAAGAAGAGGACGUCGCCGCUGAACUACAAGGAGAGACUGUUCGUCCUCACCAGGAGCAGGCUGACGUACUACGAUGGAAAAGCAGAGAAGAAGUUCAGGAGAGGCUCGAUCGAGCUGAGCCGCAUCAGAUGUGUGGAGAUCGUCAAGAACGGAGGAGGAAUCAUCCCCUGCCAGAACAAAUACCCUUUUCAGGUGGUGUAUGACGGCAACACUCUCUACGUUUUCGCUCCGAGUCACGACAGCAGGAGUCUCUGGGUCCAGAGCCUGAAAGCGGAGAUCAAAGAGAACCCAGUGAUCCUGGCGAAGUUUCACCCCCAGUUCUGGCAGGACGGGGCGUGGCUCUGCUGUCGCCAGGCAGAAAAACAGGCCCCGGGCUGCGAGGAAUACAACCCGUUUGGAGACAUUUCCAGAAAACCUUUACCCCCGAUUCCUGGAGAGGAACAUAAAAACCAGCGGCGGCCCGCUCCACCCCUCCCCCCGUCACCCAUGGAUGACGAUGAUGAUGACAGGGACGAGGAUGACGAGGAUGACGAGGAGGUAGUGGUGGUGGCUCUGUACGACUUCCCGGGCACCGAGCCCCAUGACCUGAGUCUGGUCAAAGGAGGCGAGUACGUCAUUCUUGAGAAGUGUGACGUGAACUGGUACAAGGCGCGCAACAAGUACGGCGAGGAAGGCUACAUCCCAAGUAACUACGUAACCGAGAAGGAAUCUGGAAACCUGGUGCAGUUUGGUUGGUACAGUAAACAAGUCAACAGGAACAAGGCAGAGGAGCUGCUGAGGAAGGAGGACAAAGAAGGAGGCUUCAUUGUGAGAGACUCCAGCACUCCAGGAACCUACACCGUCUCUCUCUACACCAAGUCUGCCACAGGGGAUGGAGGUGCAGCGAUAAAACAUUACCACAUCAAGGAGACACAAGGCUCACCUACACAGUUUUACCUGGCUGAGAAACACUUAUUCAGCUCCAUCCCCGACCUGAUCGAGUACCACAAACACAACGCAGCAGGUCUUGUAGCCAGGUUGAGGUAUCCUGUAGGAAAACAGGACAAGUCUGGUCCGUCCACCGCUGGUUUCAGCUACGAGAAGUGGGAGAUCAACCCCAGUGAGCUGACCUUCAUGAAGGAGCUGGGCAGCGGGCAGUUCGGCCUGGUGAGGCUCGGCAAGUGGAGGUCUCAGCACAAAGUGGCCAUCAAGGCCAUCAGAGAGGGAGCCAUGUACGAGGAGGACUUCAUCGAGGAGGCCAAGGUCAUGAUGAAACUGUCCCACCCUAAACUGGUGCAGCUGUACGGCGUGUGCAGCCAGCAGCGACCCAUCUACAUCGUCACAGAGUUCAUGGAGCAGGGCUGCCUGCUGAACUACCUCAGGCAGCAGCGGGGCAGCUUCAGCCUGGGGUCUUUGCUGAGCAUCUGCCUGGACGUCAGCGAGGGCAUGGAGCACCUGGAGGCCAACGGUUUCAUCCACAGAGAUCUGGCUGCCAGAAACUGUUUGGUGAAUGACGCCCUGGUAGUGAAGGUGUCUGACUUCGGCAUGGCCAGAUAUGUGUUAGACAACCAGUACACCAGUUCAUCAGGCGCCAAGUUUCCAGUGAAGUGGUCGCCUCCUGAAGUCUUUAACUUCUGCAAAUACAGCAGCAUGUCGGAUGUCUGGUCCUACGGUGUGUUGAUGUGGGAGGUGUUCACCGAGGGUCGGAUGCCGUUUGAUCAGCAUCAGAACCACGAGGUCGUUACCUUAGUAACCCAGGGUCACCGCCUGUACAGGCCCAAAAUGGCCACGCCCACCAUCUAUGACAUCAUGCAGCUCUGUUGGCACGAGAGACCGGAGGAGCGUCCGUCCUUCUCUCAGCUCUGCACAAUGAUCUCCGACUCUUUGGAGGUUGACACCCCUCCCCCGAACUGAAGCAGCUUCCACCAUCCACCGACCGCCACGUUGGCCUCUAACCGCCACUGCUGGGAUAACCUGCCAGGCUUGAGGGUCUUAUAGCAGACACUGUCUAAUUCACUGACAUGGAGAACACGAUGUAACUGCAACUGAUCAAUCAGAUGGAGGAGGAAGGACCAAUCACACCAGCUAUAGUCCACUCAUCCACCAAUCACGUUAGCUUAUUCGAUCCAGUUGCAAGCUCACAGCUGUGAACAGCUGGACUGACAGUGGUGACAACUGAAGUUACGUUCAUGACACAAACUGCUGCUCCUGUCAGAUUUGUUUCAGGUAGAGUGACACAAACUGACAGCAACAUGGACGACAUAACAACCGGCUCUCAUGAUGGACUCAUCCCCCGACAUCCAGCCUCAGUGUUUUCCUCUGGACCUGGACAUUAGCAAAACACAACACACAAUAUGAAGCUUAAUUUUUCCGUACAGGUGUGUGAAACUGUUCCUGUGAAACCUCAUGAUAUUUUUUUGUCUGAGAAAACUGUAUCAAAAAUCUGUUUCAUGCAAUUUUUUAUAACAUCCUGUACAUUAAUAUUAAAAUACUGUAGACAGGAACUUGCUGUACUUCUUGUUUACUGCUAAUUAGCAAAUGCUAGCAUGCUAACACACUAAAUUAAGAUAGUAAACAUCCUAUGAAACGACCUGCAGUCAAGUAAGGCCUGAUAGGAUUGGGAGUAUUCUGUAUACACUGUCUACCUUUUUGUAUAUUUCAGUUUGUGUUGAGCUCCAUAAAUUAUUAGGUUCACUUUGGAAUUUCACAAAAAUGAUGAUGCAUUAUGCUUUUCCUGGAUUAAAUCUCUGCCUGUGUGAUUUAUAGACAACCAUGUGUAUAAAUACUGUAUAAUGAGUCAAACGUUACGGCCACAGUCCUGUUGUAGUAAAUUAUUAAUGGUAAAUGUUAUUCCAUGACAUUUUAACUCCCAUAUCUAAAAUAUAAUUAUUCCAAUAAAUAAAACAAUGGCCAUGAGUACCACA